AUGUAUGGACCUCUGGCAGACUCUGGCAACAGGGAUGUAGCUCAGGCCCCCGAGCUUCACACCUUCAAGGCGUUCGCGCGAUGGGGGUUACAGGGCUGCUUUAUCCUCGGGCUCCGGCCUCAUGAGUGCACAGGGUUGAUGCUUCCAACAUCUUCCAACAUGCGGCAAAGUCCCUGCGACUUGGAGCUUAGGACGAAAGGGAGGAGUCGCAAGCCCACAGGAGCCCAGAAAGUCCGUGCAGUGCACACGGCGCAAGGCGUCCGGCUGGGCUCUACAGGCAUGACCCGUAGCUCGCGGCAAAGGGCAACAUCGAUGGUUGCUGUGCAGUUCGGCCCCAAGAGGGGGGCUAUGGACACGGUGAAGGGGCUGAAAGGAUUGGAGGAAAGGGUUGUGUAA